AUGAAUUCCAGUUCUGCCUCAGACACAGCUAGCACAGUUCAUGGAUGUGUUCAGUACAUACCACAAGGAACUUUCGAUCAAACUACCCCAGAAGCUUAUGGUUGGAUUGUCUUCAUUGCUGUCAUAAACAUCAUUACUUGCCCACUUACAGCUGCCACAAAUGCGCUGAUAAUAAUCGUUGUGAAAACGAAACACCGAUUGAAAACCAAGUCUAACAUUGCGCUUGCCUGCUUGUCGACUACUGAUUUUGCUAUGGGGGUGAUCGGCCAACCAAUUUUCAUUUCUGCGGCGAUAGCAGAACUGCAAAGAGACGCGCCAACCUACUGUAUAAGAUUACUAUUAUCGAGAAUCGCUUUAAGAGUAUUAGGUAUUGCAUCAUUGUCUCACUUAGCCAUGCUGAACGUAGAGAGGUACAUUGCCAUUAAACGUCCCCUGAGGUACGAAACCAUCGUCACCGAGAAACGCCUCAUAUGUCUGUCUGCUCUCCUGUGGAUUUCCGUAUUACUCUUAAACGUAUCAUCAUCUUUCAUUGACAAUAAACUCUAUCUUGCAGUUGACAAUGGUAUGAUCAUUUUUUGCGUGGCCACAAUUGUCUUAUGUCAAGUCUUGCUUUAUCACGAAACACGUCGGCAUCAAAAACAAAUCGCAACCCAUCAAGUGUCGUUGGAAGCCAGAGAGAGAUUCUUGAAGGAGAGAAAAGCCUUUAAAGUGACAGCAACAGUACUGUUCUUCUUGAUAUUGUGUUAUUUACCUUCAAUAGUAGCGCGAUCGCUAAUAUCAUAUUCCUUAAUCAAUUCAGUUAAUUUAGCAUACGUUGCCCUUUCUACUAGCCUCACUACAGCAAUUCUGAACUCGUUGGUCAACCCAAUUAUUUACUGUGUACGAAUUGCACCGUUUCGCGCUGCGUUUAUUCAACUGAUGUCCGGAAAAAAGCCCUAA